AUGUCCAAGCUGGAGAAAGACAAGGUUCGGCGCAUUUGCUCGCCGAAGAAGGGCAGUGGGCGACUGGAAGUGCCAGAGAAUGUGUUUGAGAUGUGGCAAGACGCAGCGAAGGGAAGAGACUCCUUGUUUCGAAUGUGGUGCAAGUCCGGAGGUGUCAAGGCCGUGUUCAUGGAAAGCUUGACCAUCAUGACAAGAUCGUCCCGAUCGAAGAAGCUCGAGGUCAAGGGUGGCUUCUACAGCAGGGAAGACAUGAAGACCGAGCUCGGUUACUCUCAGAGCCGGAUCGAAAAGAUCGUCGCCUGGGCAGAGAAGAAAGGAUUGGUUCGAACUUGUGAAUACGAUGAUGAGACGCUCGAGUACUGGGUGAAUACCAGAACGACCGGCACCCUCACCAAAGAGGACUUGGAGAUGCUGCAGCAUGAGCGACACUAUUCGGGAGAAGGAGGGGAAGACUUGGAGAUAAAGCCCCGGGUCAACCUCGAUGGAUGGGACUUCCCGGAAGAUGACGACAUGGUCUUCAAGGGCGACGGAGCCAUUGAAGGUGACUGCCACAAGAGUGCCUCGUGGAUGGCACGUUCGGUUGCAUCACAGAUGAAGGAGAACGUGAAGCAGGUGCUCAAGGCGAAGAACUCCCUGGAAGCCAUGAUUGACAAGAUCCGCUCCACUGUGACGGAAAAAGACGGUAAAACCAAUGGGACCCUCAAGAAGAUGGAUGCCAUGUUGAAGGACUUCGAGAAUCUUUACGAUGAGAUGACGGAGGCGAAGGCCGAAGGGCAUACUGGUGGAUACGGUGAAAAGCUGCCAGUCUGCAAAUUGCUUGCUGCUGAAUGCAAGGCUUACUUCCUCAAAGCUCAGAUGUCGAAGUCUGCGGCCUUGGAGGCUGCGAACAGGGCGCUGGGGCCCCAGCAGAUUGGUGACAUUUGUGGCAUGCCUGCGAAGCAGCUGAUUGCACGAAUACCGGGCAUGUACUUCAAAGGCCAUUGCUGCAUGGACCUCGAUCAGAGACUCAUCCCUGAAACUUCGCUCGCUUCCAAGAUUCUGUGGCAUUGUGUGAAGACUGUCAACUGCAUCCGACAAGAGAAUGGCGGCAAUUCUUUGUGUGUAUUCAAGAUCGGCCUAACUUCGAAUCCACUUCAGCGUCGGCAGAGCUACCGUGAACACAAUUUUAUGUCCUUUGUGGUGAUACACAGGGUUUGCCGACUAGAAUUGCUGGCCAUGCUGGAGAUGCUGGAAGCCGCCCUCAUUGCGGAGUUUUAUGACAAUCAGCGCUGCUGCCGGAACUUUCAGCUGGGCGGGGAGAGUAUGCGAAGGUCAGCUGUCGCAGCAAAAGAUCUCGUCAUCGACGCCCGCUCAGCCGUGAAGCGGGAUCCUUGCGCUGUGCUGGCAAAGAUUGCGCAGGUGCAGCUGUCUAGUGCUGAUACGCCCCUGUAUGCGUUGUUGCGCAAGCAUGGGCUGGCUUUACCGAUUGACAUUAGCUGGAAGAAAGCUGGCAAAGAGCCUCGGUACCCGUUUUUCAGCCCCAAGGCCCAGCUGGAAGUUCUGAGUGAACAGGGCUACUUCUAUCGAGUUGCAGGGGUGCCGGCUGACUUGGCAUGUGAAGCGCUUGAUCUGUUUUGGCAAAAGUUUAAAGCAGUCCAUCCACAACACGAUAUAUUCCUGAACUCCGAGAACCGCGACUUCCGGAGGCUCAUCCCCUAUUACUUGCAUGGGGAUGGGGGGCGAGGCUACAAAAAGGAUCCUAUCGAGAUCUUAUCCAUGUUUCCAGCGCUUGGUACUGGGUCCAGGCACAGAGAAGUGGACCUAAGCUUGAAACGACGUCUGCAAAGCGAAAUCGAGCUGGGGAUUAAUCUCCAGGGAAAUUCUGGGGCCACGCGAUUCCUGUUUUCUGUUGUUAGCAGCCUGGAUGCUAAGAAGGAUGGCCAAAUCUUCGAUGAUCUUAUUGAAAUUUGGAGUCAUGAGUUGAAGGAGCUCUAUGAUAAUGGAUUUCAGGCCAAUGGGCACACGUGGCAUGUCAUUAUUCUGGGGUUCACCGGGGACGCUCCUUUUGUGAAGAAAAUUGCCAAGACGAACCGCUCAUUCCACAACGUUCGGAAGCGACAUAAUUCGAAGAACGUGCAGAAGGGUUGCUGCUGGCUCUGUCACGCAGGCUUCGAUUCACCGGACGAGGACAUCUUCUUUCCUUUUGAGCAUCUGGGCUUUACUCAGCCUGCAUGGUUGGCAACGUGCCACCUGAACAAUCCUUUGCCAUGGGACGGUGAGGGCAGUGUGCUUCUGCGGCAUAUGAAGCUAGACAGGGCGGAUACGCCUGCAGCCUUUUGGAGGGCAGACAUGUUCCAUGUCUGGCAUGCAGGGGUCGGUCAAGACUUCACUGCAAGCGGAUUGAUCUACUGCAUGAAGGCGCUGUUUGGGCUGGGAUCGGUUGCAAAGGACCUCAAUGCUUUGAAUGAACUGCUACAGCAAUGGAUGCAAAGAACGAAAAACCGGCUUCAUUGUGGCCGUUCUCUUACAGAAGACCUUCUAGGCUACAGUUCAACUCGAGAGUACCCGGAGGCUAAUUGGUCCAAGAACAUGGACACGGCAGUCGUCAUGAAGUUCAUCGUUUAUUUGCUUCAGCGUCCAGACUUUCAAGAGAAGGUUCAGCAGGAUGACAUCAUGAAAGAGAUCUUAGCAUGUGCACUGGCCAUCGGCCGGGUCAUGAAGGUUUGCUUUGAGGCUGAGUUUUUCAUGUCAAACGAGCAUUGCAUGACGGUAAUCGAUUGUGGCCACAGCUUUCUUUGUGGCUACAGCAAACUGGUCAACAUGUGCUAUUCUCGGCAGCUUUGUCUCUUCAAGCUGCGCCCCAAGGUCCACUAUCUCAACCACAUUUUCUUGAGAGUCCUCGAAGAAUGGCGAUCAAGUGGUACAGCUACGAACCCAAUUGGGGAGGCGACAUUUAUGUCGGAAGAUUUUGUGGGCCGGACAGCUCGCCUCAGCAGACGAGUAAACACCAGAGCAGUAGCCGUAAAGAGUCUUCAACGAUAUGCUCUUUUCAUGAAAACAGCACUGGAUUCAGAAACCUUCUCGAUGCUUCUGGACGACCUCGCGUGGCUUGACUGA